UAUCAAAGGUCUUUGCAUUACGCCACCUAGCUUCGAAAACUGCAUCUCUUAUGAAGCAUUAUAAAGAUUCGUUCUGAAGUUUUGAGCAUAUUAUAAUAACAUUUACGUGUAUUCUCUCAUUUUUUAUUGUUACACCCACCCAGUGGAAUGGAGAGAAGUAUUCAUGAAAUGCUGAAAGAUGCUCCAACUAUAAGUGAAAACGAUAAUGCAGUUCAUGGUGGAACUCCUCCUCCUCAUUUACCAAACAAUUGUACUAAUGAUACUCAAACCAGACCAGCUACAAUAAAUCUAACAUUGGGUAGUCCUACAUCACAAAUGUCUGUAACAGUAUCUCCAAGUACACCUAUUCAAAAUGGGGAUACGCAAACAAUGCGUACUGCUCAGAGUAAAAUUGAAAGCAUUAAAAACUGGAGUAUUUCUACAUAUAAAUGUACAAGACAGUUAAUGUAUGAAAAACUUGGAAAAACGUCGCGUACAGUAGAUUCAGAGCUUGAAACACAAAUCGAAUUAUUAAGAGAUACUCAAAGAAAGUAUUGUAAUGUAUUACGAUUAUCUAGAGCUUUAGCUUCCCAUUUUCAUCAUGUUGUGCAAACGCAACAUGCUCUUGGAGAAGCAUUUUCUGAAUUGGCACAGAAAUCACCGGAAUUACAAGAAGAAUUUCUGUACAAUUCUGAAACUCAAAGGAAUUUAACUAAGAAUGGUGAAACAUUACUAGGGGCCUUAAACUUUUUUGUUUCUUCUGUAAAUACACUUUGUAAUAAAACUAUUGAAGACACUUUGCUAACAGUGCGACAGUAUGAAACAGCAAGAAUAGAAUAUGAUGCCUAUAGGACAGAUCUUGAAGCAUUAGCCCAAGCAACGAAAUCUGAUGGUAGCAAUGCAGCAAGAUUAGAAGAGGCACAGACUAAUUAUGAAGAACAUAAACAAAACUUUGAAAAACUACGAUCAGAUGUCUCGAUUAAACUUAAAUUCUUAGAUGAAAAUAGAAUUAAGGUAAUGCAUAAACAGUUACUGUUGUUUCAUAAUGCAGUGUCUGCCUACUUCUCUGGAAAUCAAACUGCAUUAGAAGCAACAUUGAAGCAAUUCAAUAUAAAAGUUAAAUCGCCAAAUUCAUCUUUACCAUCAUGGCUCGAACAGUAG